CUCAUAUAUCCAUCGUCUCCCUGUUUUCCAGAAUCUUCCGAUUCUCUCCACCGCCUCCGCCGCCGCAUCGCCUCGAGCGAUCACGAUUCGAUCAUCUUCCAACUAUCGAUCUCUUGCGCGCUUUAUUGGACUUAGAGCAAGCUCAUCAUGUUCAAAAAGCCAAUCGAGGCAAAAGCUUUGCAGCGUUUGUCGGGAGCAGAUAAGAAGAAGCUGAGAAGAAUUGCAAAAGAAAGAUUUCCACAAGCUUCUGAUUCUGAUAUCGAUGCCAUUCUUCCUUCUAAGGCAGAGAUAACAGUAGCUAAGUAUCCAAAUCGCGUGCAUGUAUAUGGCAUAGAAGGAGGGUUUCCCAUGCUUUUUGAUGUUGAUGGGCGAGGAACGGAGAUGUUCCCCACAGUUUAUGCUCUCUGGAAGGUUCCAGAGCUUUUACCUGCAUUUCUUCUGAAGGGUGGUGAGGUUUCUCGCUUUGUUAUUGGAGGGGCUGAUUUGAUGUUUCCUGGUAUUAGUAUACCCCCAGAAGGGCUUCCUUCUUUCUUAGCUGGAGAGCCAUGGGCCGUAAAAGUCCCUGGUAAUCCAGCACCAAUCGCUGUGGGGGCUACCACAAUGAGCAGCACGGAAGUCCUAAAAGCUGGUCUACGUGGCAAGGCUUUGCGGAUAAUGCAUUAUUAUCAUGACUCGCUGUGGGAUUCAGUUGAAGGCCGUUUUGUCCCAAAUGCAGGAUUUUUAGAAGAUGUUGUUGUUGAAGAUCCUGUUUUGUCUUCAGUUUCUCAGCUAACUGAUACUUCUGGGGAAACUUCUGGGAAUUCUUUAAAUGACGAUCAUGAUGGCGAUACUGUAGAAAAAGGAGAUCAGGUUGGUACUUCGGCAGAUGAUGAUGUUCGAGUUGAAACCUCUGAAGAAGUCACUGAAGAUAUGGGUGCGCUGAAGUUGUCAGAGAAUGUAACUACUGAAGAAGAACCAAAUGAUGAGAAGGAACAACAGACUAUAACAUCAAGUGAAGAUGUAGAUGCUCUUUUGGAUAAAUGCCUUUUGCAAGCAUUGCAUACAACUGUAAAAGAUAAAGACCUUCCCAUGCCAGGAAGCACGUUAUGGUCAAAUAACAUACUUCCCUGCAGGCCUCCAGGCACCACUUUGGACAUCAAAAAAUCGUCGCACAAGAAAUUAUCCAAAUGGUUGCAAUCUAAAUCUUCUGCUGGUCUGAUAUCAGUGAAAGAAGAUAAGUAUAAAAAGGAGAUCAUGUUAUUAGGUGUUAAUCGCGGCCACCCAGAUUACAUGUCUUUCAAACCAGAAAAACGGGUGCAAGAGACUGUCAAUCAGAAGCAUGAUUCCUCUGUUGGGGAAGCUAGCCAAGCCAAAGUCAACCUACAAUUUGAGGUCGCUGAGAUUUACAAACCGAGCACGCACGUCAACCCGGUAUUUACUUCUGUUGGAGCUGACAGCGGGAAAUACUACAGUGCAUCCGAGGCAUCUGAGAUAGUCUUCAGUUAUGUUGAGAAGGAAAAUCUAGUCAAGCCAGCAAACAAGGCAAUGGUAGUUUUGGAUGCAACACUAUGUGAUGCUCUUUUCAAAGGGACCAUCAAAAAGGGCUCAACUUAUCCCACCGAGAUCCAUAAGAAGGAUUUAGGGUCUGCAUUUUUAAAUCGCAUGCAAGUGCACUUCAGAGUAGCCAGGGGAAAUGAGGUUGCUGUGCGAAAGGGCACAAUUAAACCUGUUCAGAUAAUGACGGAGAGAAGGCAAGGGAACAAGAAAGUGACCAGACUCUCAGGUUUGGAGUCGUUCUUAAUGGAUGCGGAGUCGCUAGCUUCUGAACUACAAAAGAAGUUCGCUUGCAGUACAUCAGUGGCAGAACUUCCAGGCAAAAAGGGGCAACACGAGGUGCUGGUUCAAGGCGGAGUCAUCGAUGACCUGGCUAAGCAUCUCGUCGACCACUACGGCGUCCCGAAGAAAUACAUAGAGGUGCUCGACAAAACCAAGAAAUAAAGUAAAAGACCACCCUUCAAAUCUUGCAUAAAAUUAUACAACAUCCUUUUCCCAAAGCAGCCAUCUUGAGUGUUUCAUUCAAGCUUGUAUUGGAGAUGCUGAGCUGUUGCUAUUUUAACUUUCAGUUUCUAUGAUGUUGUGAGGUUAUGCUGCGAUCGAACUAUCAUGUUUUUGUUACUCCUUGUGCUUCGUAUUGGUGCAAAUAUAAUGCAGAUGUGAAACUGUAUGCUUCAAGAGGAAUUUGUGA